AUGCGUCUUAUUCAGUCACUCUUUCUCGUCACUCAUUUUCUUUCUUUUGCAACUGCCACUCCUUCUUCCAGUCGGUUUCGGGACUAUGACCCCAAUGAGCUAUGCCCACGGCAGUGCGGUCUGGUAGGCACCAAUCCACAGAACUGGGCUGUAUAUUACAGCUUAGAUUCCUUGGACCGAUGUAACCGGCCGCUCCUUUUUGAUUUCAAGUUGGAUGCAGAGCUGGAUCACCCCAAUACUCGGCACAAGAUUCGGGCCUGUUCUAUCUGGGGAGACAAUAUUCCUGCCCCUGAGACCUCUGUCCCUGGUCUAAACUCUUCGGCCCAGAAUGUCACCCUCCAGAGGAUAGAAUACGAAGGGGCCUCAGGAGACAGUCUUGUUGCCGCUCGUACCGUGUUCCACGUCCAAAGGUAUCUCGAGAAGAAGGUUGAACAGGAUAAUAACGCAAUCCUGUUCUCAAAGUCCGGAAAUGCGACUGUGGGAUUCUUCGGAGGUGCCCUAAUGGAUACCCAGCGGAUGGCGACAUCGCUCUUUCCACAGCUCAUCCGGCACAUCACUCAUAAUGGUUUAUCAAAUGGUAUCCUAGAGCAAAUCUGUGGCACUAGGCGAAACGCUCAUGAGGCGUGGGGCAUCAUAGUCUCUUUUUCAGACAGUAUGUCCACCGUCCUGGAGGCUGUUCGCACUUGGUCGCAGGGCCAGUGUGUUAGGCCCAUAGCUCGCACGGCUUGGGUAAGCUCGUACACCAGUGCUAUAAUUCCUACGAUGGUCUUUAGUCGAAAGCCUGAUGUCCUGAAUGCAAGAGCAGCCACCCUGCAACCUCGUGCCGAAUGCUCAACCAUCAAAGUUUCAGAGGGGGAUAGCUGUGGGACGCUUGCGAAUAGAUGUGGUGUAUCUGGUGCCGACUUCGAGAAGUACAACUCACAGUCUAAUUUAUGCUCGAGUCUACAGCCUGGGCAGCAUGUUUGCUGCUCUGCUGGCACGCUUCCUGACUUUCGGCCCAAGCCGAACCCUGAUGGCUCAUGUGCGACGUACACUGUUCUGGUGGAUGAAAGUUGCAAGUCUAUCGCCACUGCUAACUCCAUCACUUUGGACGAUCUGGAAGAAUUCAACAAAAACACAUGGGGAUGGAAUGGAUGCGGUACCUUAUGGCAAGGUACAAAGAUAUGUAUCAGCUCUGGUGAUCCUCCAAUGCCUAAUCCUGUCGCCAAUGCCAUCUGUGGACCCCAAGUCCCUGGUACCGAAGCACCGACAGAUGGGAAAGACCUUGCUAGUUUAAACCCAUGUCCUCUCAAUGCAUGCUGCGACAUAUGGGGCCAAUGCGGUACAACAGCCGAAUUUUGCACUUAUAGUUCCAGCGAAUCGGGCGCCCCAGGAACAGCGGCCCCUGGAGAGAAUGGCUGUAUCUCUAACUGUGGCGCAAAUGUGGUGAGCUCAGGCCCUCCAGAUGAGUACCUACGUAUUGGAUAUUUUGAGGGUUAUAAUCUUGGUCGUUCUUGCUUGAACAUGGAUGCCAGCCAGAUCGAUACGGAGAAAUAUACUCAUGUUCAUUUCGGGUUUGGUACACUUAGUGAGGACUUCAAGGUCAAAGUCGGCGAUGCCCUCUCUCAAUUUGAGUUUGAGCAAUUCAAGCAGCUGACUGGGGUGAAACGCAUCCUGUCCAUUGGCGGGUGGGACUUCUCGACAUCUCCUGAUACUUAUACCAUCUUUCGGGAGGGAGUUAAGUCUGCGAAUCGGAUGGCGAUGGCAGAGAAUAUUGCCAACUUUGUCAAGGAGCACGAUCUAGACGGUGUGGACAUAGAUUGGGAGUAUCCUGGGGCUCCAGAUAUACCUGGAAUACCACCUGGCUCUGAGGAUGAGGGUGUCGAGUAUGCAAUAUUUCUCAUUCUGUUGAAAGGCCUAUUGCCCGACAAAAGCUUGUCCAUUGCUGCCCCAGCCUCUUACUGGUACUUACGACCGUACCAGAUUGCCGCACUUGCUGAUGUCCUCGACUACCUCGUCUUUAUGACAUACGACCUUCACGGACAAUGGGACCACAGCAACCACUGGGCUGCUCCUGGCUGUGAAGAGGGCAACUGUCUCAGGAGUCACGUGAAUUUAACAGAGACAUAUAGUGCCCUUUCAAUGGUAACCAAGGCCGGCAUGCCUUCUAACAAGGUGAUAACCGGCGUUGCCAGCUUCGGGCGUGCGUUCAAAAUGGCAACUCCCGCCUGCACGGGCCCUGACUGCCAUUUCACAGGAGCCGAAUCUGGGGCCAGGCCGGGGCGGUGCACCGGCACAGAAGGAUACCUCUCUCUAGCUGAGAUAGAUGAGAUUGUCAACACCAAUCCAAGUGCGGACACAUGGACUGACAACAGUCUCUCCAACGUCCUUGUAUACAAUGAGACCGAGUGGGUCGCAUAUAUGGAUGACGCGAACAAGGCGGACCGUGACAUCCUGUACAAGGGUUUGCACUUCGGCGGCACUGUGGAAUGGGCUACCAGUAUGCAUGCAUUCCACGAAGUUCCUUCAGAUGCACUGCUGCCAGGAGGGUCGGUCUCAGAUAUUAUUAAGGAAUGGCCUGUGUUUAUUGAGACGGUCAUUAAUGGGAAGAGCCCUUUCAUACACGGCGAGCGAAACGGGCACUGGGCAGAUGGCUCGAUUACAUGUACAGAUGACGCUGUUGUUGGUGUGUUCGAUAUCCCACCGCAGAAGCGAUGGGAAGCGCUGGAAUGCAGUACUGCGUGGGAAGAUGCUCUGGAGAAAUACCGCCAGUAUGACAUACCUCGAAACAUUGGGUUUACGGCCUCUAUUAGCGACACCUUCCACACUCGCGAGAAUAUGGACUGUGGCAUACUCUCGCCGGAAUCUGACUGCCGACACAGCUUCGGGUGCCAUGAUGCCAGAGGAGAGGGUUCUGGGCCAGCAGGUUACGAGGUUAUGAAUUCACUCAUGUUCGCAUCCGUCUACACGGGUAUUGCCGACGCGGCAGGUGUGGUCGCGAACAAGAACCUUGAAUUCGUCAAUAAGUUCGCUCCAAUACCUGACUACACUAUGUCUUUCAAUUUGUUCAUGGAUACUCUGGGGCUUAUAGUCCCAACGGGAAUGGCGCCUGUUUUCAACAACGUCUUGAGCAGAACUGCGUAUUUCAGUGCAAACCCUGCUAUGUUGGACAACGCCAAAGAUGUAAUCUACACAAUGGUCGGCUCCUGGGUGAACAUAGCCAAGGACAGCAAUCCAGAAAAGUAUGGUUGGACUGAAGAGGAUCAAUGGGAGUUUAUGGGAUUCAUGACAGACGUGUGGCACACAUGGCAGAACGAAACUGAAAAUGCCAGUCGAUACCUCUUCAGUGGUACAGAAGACGCCAUUAGGGACCUAUCCAAGAUUAUAAGAGACGGUCAAUUAAUCCAAGGAAGCUCUGAGGGUGCUACACCGCCAACGGAAAUGUCUGCCACGGAAAUCCAAGCAUUGAUUGAACGUGCCUUUUAUGGUUAUCUUAUCCCACGUAUUUGGCAGAGUUCGGGCACCAGAGCGUUUGUCAUCGACACCAAUCAUGCAUGCGAUGGGAGUAAUCCCAUCUCUGACUACCUUGAUGACACCGACGCAGAGACUACUGCGGUGUGCUUCGCAGAUAAACUGUACUACGUGGCGUAUCCAGAUGGCAAUGCCGGAGAUACAUGUCAAUUGCCUGGCUCUACCCCUGUUUGUGUACCGCUGAAAUUUAAAGUCCCUCCGGGGUUGGAGGAGCUGACUGGGGAAAUCCGGGAAUAUGGUGGUGUGAAGCCCGUUGACAUAGUAGCAAGCACCGUCCGCUCUUACCAGGCAAACGGCAACAAGAACGGCUGGAGACUGAAAAGUAUGGGUGACGUUUCUAGCGUUGACGACCUGAAUGUGGAUGCGCUUAUUACAUAUCAGAUCGGGGCCCCAGGGUUCAGUACGCUUCCACUAUGUAGUGCAGAAGAGGCACAUCUGAACUGGGGUAUUGGAAAGGACACAGACAACUAUCCAUGUAAUUAG